UUAAAUGGGAAUACCCUCUGUGCGCUAUUGUGGGAGUCUCCUUUAAAAAAAAUCUUGUUGUGUCACUGGGAUGCAGUCGCCGGAGCCGGGCACCAAGUCUACCAUCCCCGCCCAUAUGACCACCGCCGAGAGGGACCGCUCACCGUUUCCUCCACACACCAAAGAUGACAGCUCCACCAAACCUAACCCAUGCAGCGCCACAGCAUCAGCGCUUUUUGGUGUUGUUCGACUUUGAUGAAACCGUCAUCAAUGAGAACAGUGAUGAUGCUGUUGUGCGUGCUCUACCAGGGCAACAGCUUCCUGAGUGGCUGAGAAACAGCUACAGGGAGGGGCACUACAACGAGUACAUGCAGAAGGUCUUGGUUUAUAUGGCGGAGCAGGGCGUGUCUGAGGACUCCAUCCAUUCAGCGGUGGAGAAGAUCCCACCCACACCUGGCCUCCUGUACCUCUUUCAGUAUCUGCAGAGCCACGAGCAGGACUUUGAGCUGGCGGUGGUCUCCGACGCCAACAUGUACUUCAUCGAGACGUGGCUGGAGCGUGCUGGGGUGCGUCACCUUUUCCGGAAGAUUUUCACAAACCCGGCAAGUUUUGAUGUGACUGGCCGUCUUGUGCUGCUCCCUUUCCACUCCCACUCGUGCUGCCGUUGUCCUGACAACCUAUGCAAGCAGGUGAUCCUUCGGGAGUAUCUGGCAGGCCGACAAAAGGAGCGUGGUGGUGCUCCCUUCCAGAGGGUAUUCUAUAUCGGAGAUGGGGCCAAUGAUAUCUGUCCCUCUCUGGCUCUGGGGCCCCGGGACACAGCCUUCCCCAGGAGGGACUUUCCCAUGCACAGGCUGCUGCUGGAGAUGCAGCAGUCCCAGGCAGCCAUGUUCAAGGCAAACAUAGUUCCUUGGGUCAGCGGCGAGGACAUAGUGGACUGCCUGAAGAAAAUUAUUUUGGAAGAGAGAUGUUAA